AUGGCUGCGCCGCUUCGUCCCUUUGGCGGCCGCGCUGCAGCUGUUCAUCGGGCGCUGGCGCCGUUGCCUCGCGUCUCGCUUGCACCGCCGCCGCUCGUCUCCCGAUCCGCGCCGUCAGCUACCCGCACACUUGUCCAGCUUCACCGCGCGACGUCACCGACCUGGACGCGGGCCGUCGGCGCCACGCACCACCGCGCAGCAACGCUUCUCCACGCGCGCGCACUCUCCGGUAAGCCGCUACCGCAGCGGCAGUCGUGGACGCUCAACUUUUGCUACCGGAUGAUGGCGUGGAUCGGCACGUCCAUUGCCGUCGGCGGCAUCCUCGUCACGGCCUUUUUCGUCUACGACGCGACCACGUACAAGGAGGGCGCCGACGCGGGCGACAUCACUGUUGGUCAGCUCGCUCUGAACCCGCGCCGCGGCGGGCCCAAGAACCUGCCCAUUGCCGACGUCCUCAUCGACGACAAUGACAACAAUGGCAAGCGCGAGAACCAGGACAAGCCCAAGCUCGUCAUCCUCGGCGGCGGAUGGGGCGGCGUCGCCCUGCUCAAGGAGCUGAACGCCAAUGACUACCACGUCACCGUAAUCUCGCCCACGAAUUACUUCCUCUUCACGCCCAUGCUGCCGUCGGCGACGGUUGGCACGCUCGAAUCGCGGUCGCUGGUCGAGCCGAUCCGUCGCAUCCUCGGCCGCAUCCAUGGUCACUUUAUCCGGGCCAGCGCCGAAGAGGUCUGCUUCAACGAGAAGCUCGUCGAGGUGUCGCAAACGGAUCUCAACGGGAAAAAGAUUCACUUUUAUGUACCUUACGACAAGCUCGUUAUUGCCGUCGGCUCCGUCACCAACCCCCAUGGCGUCAAGGGUCUCGAGAAUGCCUUUUUCCUCAAGGAUAUUAACGACGCGCGGAUGAUUCGGAACAAGAUCAUUCACAACCUCGAGCUUGCCUGCUUGCCCACCACCACUGACACCGAGCGCCGUCGUCUUCUAUCCUUUUGCGUCAGCGGCGGUGGUCCCACCGGUGUCGAGUUCGCCGCCGAGCUCUACGAUCUUCUCAAUGAGGAUUUGACCCGCAACUUUCCCCGUCUGCUGCGCAACGAAAUCUCCGUCCAUCUGAUCCAAAGUCGCAGCCACAUCCUCAACACCUACGACGAAGAAGUCUCCAAGUACGCCGAGAAGCGCUUCGCCCGCGACCACGUCGACGUCCUGACCAACUCGCGCGUACAAGAGGUCCACCCGGAUAAGAUUGUCUUUUCGCAAAAGCAGCCCGACGGCAGCCUCGUGACCAAGGAGCUGCCCAUUGGCUUCUGCCUCUGGUCCACCGGCGUGUCCCAGACGGAAUUCGCGCAAAAUAUUGCCAAGACGCUCGGCGACUUCCAGACCAACCGCCGCGCCCUCGAGACCGACACGCACCUGCGCCUCACAGGAUCCCCCCUCGGCUCCGUCUACGCCAUUGGCGACUGCUCGACCGUGCAGAACAACGUCGCGGACCACAUCAUCAGCGUGCUGCGCAGCAUCGCGUACAAGCACGGUAAGGAUCCCGAGACGAUGCAGCUCCACUUUAGCGACUGGCGUCGGGUUGCCAUGGAGGUCAAGCAGCGCUUCCCGCAGGCCGUGUCCCACCUGCGGCGCCUCGACAAGCUCUUUGAGGAGUUUGACAAGGACCAGUCGGGUACGCUCGACUUUGGCGAGCUCCGCGAGCUCCUCGCCCAGAUUGACAGCAAGCUCACCUCGCUGCCCGCCACGGCGCAGCGCGCCAACCAGCAGGGCGUCUACCUGGGCCAGAAGCUCAACAAGAUGGCGCAUCUGUCCAAGGGGCUCGAGGUGAAUGACGUCCGCGACGGCGACCUCGACGCCGCCGCGUUCAAGGCGUUUGAGUACCGCCACUUUGGCAGCCUCGCGUACGUCGGCAACUCGGCCGUCUUCGACCUCGGCGAGGGCUGGAGCUUUACCGGCGGUCUGUGGGCCGUCUACGCCUGGCGGUCCGUCUACUUUGCGCAGAGCGUCAGCUUCCGCACGAGAUGUCUCAUGGCUAUGGACUGGGCCAAGAGAGGCCUGUUUGGCAGAGAUCUCAUGAGUUUCUAG